UGGGUGGGCAAAGAGGUGUGUCCAUCUGGGUCUAUCCCUGGCGCUGAGCCAGGCCUGAGUCAUGUUGCUCACUCCCUCCUCCCAGCUCUUCUCUGCUCACCUCUGCGCUGCUGCUGCUGAGGGAGGCCUGCCCUGGUACUGGCUGCUGCUUGGGCCCUUGGGUGGGCAUGGGUAGAGGGGCCGGGGCUGCCGAUCCUGCCCCGUCCCCUGCCCAGGCUUCCCUCCCGCUCCACUGAUUCUCCACUUAGGUUAAUUAUAACUCUGACCUAAGUGCCCUGUGACCAGGCCCCAGCGGCCCUGCCGGAGAACCAGCAACCAGGUCUAUGUCCCAGCCAUGCUCCCCGCAGACGUGCCCCUCUCCCACCUGAGCCCUCCGGUGCUGCCGCCGCUGCUGCUGCUGCUACAGCAGCUGCCCCCCACAGCUUCCUUCUUCCCCAACAUCUGGAGCCUCCUGGCUGCCCCUGGCUCCAUCACCCACCAGGACCUGACUGAGGAGGCAGCCCUCAAUGUCACCCUGCAGCUCUUCCUGGAGCAGCCGCCCCCAGGUCGGCCCCCACUUCGGCUUGAGGACUUCCUGGGCCGCACCCUCCUCGCCGAUGACCUCUUUGCUGCCUACUUUGGACCUGAAUUUCCUUCCCGGCGGUUCCGAGCAGCCUUAGGUGAGGUGUCUCGUGCCAACGCAGCCCAGGACUUCCUGCCAACAUCCAGGAAUGACCCUGACCUGCACUUCGAUGCGGAGCGGCUAGGCCAGGGGCGCAUGCGCCUUGUGGGGGCUCUCCGGGAGGCCCUGGUGGCAGCCAGGGCCCUGGAGCACACCCUGGCCCGCCAGCGCCUCGGGGCCGCGCUUCACGCGUUGCAGGAUUUCUAUAGUCACAGCAACUGGGUGGAAAUGGGGCAGCAGCAACCACAGCCUCACCUCCUCUGGCCGAGGCAGGAGCUCCGGAGCCUGGCACGAGUGGAUGAUCCUACCUGCUCUGAUUGUGAGGAGUUGAGCUGCCCCGGGAAUUUGUUGGGCUUUACACUCCUCACGUCUGGCUACUUUGGAACUCAUCCCUCCAAACCUCCAGGGAAAUGUAGCCAUGGGGGCCGUUUUGACCGGAGCAGCUCCCAGCCCCCACGGGGAGGCAUCAACAAGGAUAGCACAUCCCCGGGCUUCUCCCCCCACCACAUGCUGCACCUCCAGGCGGCAAAACUGGCCCUUCAGGCCUCCAUCCAGGCCUUCAGUCUCCUGAGAAACCGCCUGGGAGACAGAGGUUUCUCCAGACUGCUGGACAUCAGCCCAGCCUCCAGCCUGAGCUUCGUCCUGGACACCACGGGCAGUAUGGGUGAGGAGAUCAAUGCUGCCAAAAUCCAGGCUCGCCACAUUGUGGAACAGCAGCAGGGCAGCCCCAUGGAGCCCGUCCACUACGUCCUGGUGCCUUUCCACGAUCCAGGGUUUGGUCCUGUCUUUAUAACCAGUGACCCUGACAGCUUCUGGCAACAGCUCAAUGAGAUCCAUGCUUUGGGUGGUGGAGAUGAGCCUGAGAUGUGCCUGUCGGCCCUGGAGGUCUGCCCUACCCCCCCACUCCAUCUUCUUCCUUUCCAGGUCCUACCACCCAGGGGAACUCGAGCCUUUCUGGGACCUCCAUCUCCCUCCCCACCUUCAGAGCUCAGUCCCCCUAGCUUCCGUCCUGGGUUCCAGGGUCCUUUGACCUUCAAUUCUGUCCUCCCUGGUUCUACCCAUUCACCUGCUGCCACCAUGUUUAAUGCCCACGCUCUCCCUCCCUGCCAGCUGGCUCUGCUGCACACCCCUCCGCUCUCAGACAUCUUUGUCUUCACUGACGCCUCCCCCAAGGAUGCCAUGCUCACCAGCCGGGUGGAAUCCCUAACUCAGGAGCGGCGCUGCAGAGUGACAUUCCUAGUGACUGAAGACCCAUCGAGGGUUCAGGGCCGAGCUCGGCGUGAGGUCUUGUCCCCUCUGCGUUUUGAACCAUAUGAAGCGGUGGCCCUGGCCUCAGGAGGAGAGGUCAUCUUCACCAAGGACCAGCACAUUCAGGAUGUAGCCGCCAUUGUUGGGGACAGCAUGGCUGACCUGGUUACCCUUCCCCUGGAGCCUCCUGUUGUGGUGUCUGGGAGGUCACUUGUGUUCCGUGUGGAUGCGCUGCUCCAGAAGGUCACAGUUCGGAUCCACAGGGAGGUCAGCAGCUUCUGGAUCAGAAACCCUGCAGGGGUCUCCCAGGACCAGGAGGAAGGUGAGGGGCCUCUAGGUCACACACGUCGCUUCGGGCAGUUCUGGAUAGUUACCUUGAAUGACCCGCCACAGACAGGGACCUGGGAGAUCCAGGUCACAGCUGAGGGCACGCCCCGGGUGAGAGUGCAAGCUCAGACAGCUCUGAACUUCCUCUUCUACUUUGGGAUUCCCAUGGAGGAUGGCCCCCACCCUGGCCUCUACCCGCUGACUCAGCCAGUUGCAGGCCUCCAGACCCAGCUGCUGGUAGAGGUGACAGGGCCAGGCUCCAGAGGCAAGCUCGGAGACCCUCGACCACACUUCUCCCACAUCGUCCUUCGAGGGGUCCCUGAUGGUGCCGAGCGGGGCCGGGUGCCUCUGGAGCCCACAGGACCGCGGGAGCGCAAUCUCCUCACCGCCUCGCUUCCACCUACGCUUCUGUCCACCACGGGACCCUUCUCUGUGGAGCUGAUCGGCCAGGACGGAGAGGGGCGAGGCCUGCACCGAGCGGCCCCCCAGCCAUGCACCGUGGUUCCCGUCCUUCUGGAGCUCGGCGGUUCCCCAGGGUUCCUGGCUCCAGGCAGCAAGGCCCUGCUCAGCCUCCGCAUCACUAGUUUCUCAGGUCCUCAAGAUCUCGACCUUAGGACAUCUGUCAGCCCCAGCUUCCCUCUCACCUCCAAUCUCUCCAGAGUUCGCCUGGAACUGAAUGAGUCUGCCUGGGGAAGCCUAUGGUUGGAGGUUCCAGACUCAGCCGCGCCAGACUCAGUGGUGACAGUGACUGUGACCGUGACAGGUCGAGAGGCUAGCCCAGGGCCUCCCACCCACGCUUUCCUCCGGCUCCUGGUGCUGGGCCCUGCCCUGCAGGACCCUCUGGCCGCCCCUGCCCACUCAUCUGGCCCCAUCCUCACCUCGACCAGCCCGGCCUCCACUUUGGUGACUCAGGGAAGGGCCGGGGGAGGGCAGGUGGACAAGCCCUGGUGGGGCACAGUUGGCGGGGUGCUGCUCCUGCUAGGCCUGGCCUCCUGGUGACACGGAGGGAUGGCUCUCCAGAGCUAUUUGCAAUCUUGCCCCAUUGGUGAGAAGGUAACGUGGGCCUUGGGACCCCACCUCUCCCAGCUGGGAUGGAGGUUUUCCUUCUCUUGCACUUGUCCCUCUCUUUCUUAGUGAGAUCAGGAUAGAGGGCAAUAGAUUUUCCCACAGUGCACUUUUUUUUUUUUUAACCCUGGUGGGAACUAAACCAAAUACCUCUUUUUGGAGAAAAUUGUUUCCUAUCUCUCCACAGCAUCUCCUUAUUCCACUAUUUAUUCAUGCUUUCCCAAGCUCAGGUAGAAGGAAAGAUAUAUGGAGACUAAAUUUGGAGACUAAUAUGGAGAGGAGACUAAAUUUGGGAGUGGGGUUUAUUUAUAGAAAUUUUAUAAAUUUGUUCUUAUUUAAAAUUCUGAAGAAGUCCCUAUUUUUAUUAUAGUCCCUAUAAUUUAUUUAUAAAUUUGUUCUUAUUUAAAAUUCUGAAGAAGUCCCUAUUUUAUUUUUGUAUUUAAAGUUGAAGGACAGUUUUGAUAAACAUGUGUUCUCUAGAGCGGGAUUUCAAAGAAAGAUCAUUUAAGCAUAUCAUAUAAGGGAGAAUGAGGGCAUAAGAAGAUGAAAUGGAAGUUGUCAGUUGCAGAGAAGAAACUUUACACCAAGAUGUUGGGACUUCAGUCGACCCACCACCUGGAGCCAUUUAUCUGUUAAGUCAAGAAGCAGAAUGAGGAGACUGGGGGUUCUGACUCAGCCUUCCCCCUCACCAAAUGAGGAAACCCAGAGGAGGCUUUACACACGGGUUGGGCCCUUCUGCAUCUUGGGACAGCUCAGCUGAGGGGUCUCUCCUUUUGGCCAAAUGCCUCCCUUCUGCCUCAGCAACUCCUGGAGAAGAGGAGAGAAAGAGUGUGAGCAUCUGCCCACCCCCAGCAAGGGUCCAGAGCUUCCGCCCUAUACCACCCCACCCCCCCCCAAUUCCUAAAGUUUACCUGUUGCUGCUGUAAGUUCUGCUUCCUUGGCCUUCCCUUCCAGUCCUGGGCAGCACAGGAACUAGCCUUAUUUAGGGGAUAUGGGGAGAGUGGGGGUGGGGGAGGGGCAGGGUUUGCUUUUUUUUCUGUUAAAUAUUGAUCCCAAGUCCCCUCUCUACCAGCACCUUCCCAAAAAUCUAAACGAAAAACAAUAAACUCACCUUCUCCUGAAUCAGAUUCUGCAAACACAUGUUCACCUUUUGAAUCUGGGCUAACUGGAGGCCACGAGGCUUUGAGUGUAAAUCUGUUAGAAAAUUCUAAAGGAGGAGUUGGUGGUGAAAACUUGGGGUCCAUCUGCCACUCUUUCUGUCACCACAGGCCAUACAUUUUCUCCAUCUGGAUCCCCUCAUCUCAGUAGCCCUCAAGGUGGGUAGAAAAACCCGAUACUCUCCACUCCCAUCUCUUUAACAAUCCAGUUCCUCCAUCCCCCCCUACCAAAUAGCACAGUACCCCUUUCCUUAUUCCUUAUGGAUCUUCCCUGUCUAGUCCUGCCCCACUGAAAUAAUCCAGGCCACUCCCCCAUCUCAGUGGAGUGAUCCAGACCAUGUCCCUCUGAAUGGAAUGCAGGCCAGCCUCCUCUAAUCCCAACAAUGAACACCAACCUAACACUUGGUGGCAUCCAGUCAUCAGCUGCUUCCAGUUCAUGAUCCCUACCUGUUAACUCUUGCCUUUCCAGGGUGGUGUCAGGCUCUGCUCCCAUGUCCCUGCUCCCCCACACAGCACAGCAGCUCCUUACCUCACCGAGGGCCCCUAGAUGCAGCUGUUCGUGUUGGGCCUCCCUCAGAUGGCCCUCAAACCAGGCUUGGCCAUGCUCCAGCAGCUCUAGCCCCUGCCACAGGGCAUCCUGCUCCCUCUCCAGAGCCUGCAUCCUCUGCAGCUGGGAAGGCAAGAAGCAGAGGCUGACUUGCUCCACAGCAGGGCUCUGGGCCGUGGCUCUUCCUCUCAGCCCUUGGUUGGGUUCACUGUCUGGUCACAGAGUGUGACUCCAGACUGACCACUGAGCACCUGGAGGGCAGGGGAGAAGACUUACGGGUCCUCAAAGUUGAGUGGAAAUGGAGGGGCAGAUCCAGGGAGUGGGUGUCCCUGGGACCACUUGCUGGACUAAUACUCACCCAGAGGAAAAAGCUACGGGCCCGAGUCUCGGCAGCUUGUUCCCAGUGGCAGCAGCAGAACCGUGUAGGGAGCCUGGACCCGGGGCGGUCCACCGGGACCCUGGCUCCCCAUGGCUCGGAGGUGGGAAGGGCAGAGCCACGCCCACGGGUGCCCGGGCUGGUCCCUCCCCUUCCCUCCUGCCUUGUGACUGUCCUACCUUGUUUUUCAGCCUCCCAGAGCCCUUUUUGCUGUGUCUAUCUGAGGCUAGGGUGCCCCUACUUAGGAGAAAGACCAUCUCUGUUGGGCUUAUUUGGCUUCCUUUUCAUCUGCUUUUGUAGUGUCUAUUGAAAUGCCUGGUUCUCCCCCUGGGUGGAACCCAGGGUCCCCCUACAGCAGUGUCACUGUGGGUUUGUGUGUGUUUAUUUUUAGUAAUCUCUACACCCAACGUGAGAUUCGAACCCACGACCCUGAGAUCAAGAGUCGCACACUCCCAACUGCACCAGCCAGGCACCCCAUUGUCCCUGUGUUUCUAAUGAGGCAGGGUAGGCCCUUUUGUGGACUUCCGCUUGGUGUUUCAUCUUGUUCUUAUUCUUUUGUUUUGUACUAGUUGGUCUAAAGAAACAAUAACUUUCUCUGAAGUAAACUUUAUUACUAAUACGAAACAAAAUUUGCAGAAAA